AUGGCCGCCCUCCAAGAAGCUCUCCAAUGUCUAACUUCAACACCCCGGGAUGAAAUCCCAACCGACCAAGCCUCUCUCCGCAACUACCUCACAACCCUGCGCUCCCAAGCCCGCCUGAUAGUCGACUCCGUCCCCGAACCCCCUCCCGAGAAAUCCGCAAGCACAAACUCCUCUUCCUCCAGCAGCUCUAAAUCGAAGCAUAAAUUCAAAGUAACUCCCUCCCCGGCACGCCUCCUCGACCCAGACUCCGACACGCCCGAUUCAUCCGCAGCCGCAGCCGCCGCCCACCAGCACCAACAAGCCUGGUCCAAGCCGAUCAUCAAACCGAGCCACUCGAAGGAUAACCCGCUCAGCAUACCGGUUUAUAAACUGCAUGGCUCGGAUGGACAGGGGCAUUGGUUUGGGCGGAGGAGUAUACACGAGGGGCUACCCUAUGAAAUCUGGGAAGAGAAGUUGUCCACGGAGAUUGCGGAGACGUUGAGGCGGAACCAGAAGCGGGUUGAGAAGGGUCUCCCGCCUGACCAGGCGGUUCGGGGGAUUGGGGCGGAGAGGGUUGUUGAGGAGGUUAUUGUACGAGAUGGAGACGCGAAUGUCAUGGGCAAGUUCACGAUUUACCAUGUGAGCGCAACGUUUCCGAAACCGACGACGAGCCGUGACUUUGUGGCGAUGAUUGUUACGUGGGAGAAUGAGUAUUUCAAGAAGCAUGAGAAGGAGGGGAAGCGGGGUCGGGAAGGGAGGAGCUGGAUGAUGCUCUCUAGGCCCUGUGAGCAUCCUGAUGCGCCGCCUGUGGGCGAGUAUAUUCGGGGGCAGUAUGAGUCUGUUGAGAUGAUCAGGGAGAUUGUUGUGGAUAGAGAUGGGUCUGAGGGGUCUGGAUCUGGAUCUGGAUCAGGCUCGGCAUCGAAUGGUGCAGAUGGAGAGUCUAAUCCUGUCGAGUGGAUUAUGGUGACGAGGAGUGACCCUGGUGGCACGAUUCCGCGAUGGAUGGUUGAGAAGGGCACGCCGAAGAGUAUCUGUGCAGACGCAGCCAAGUUUGUAGGCUGGGCGAGUGAGGAUCCAGAGGCCGCAAAGGAGAAGGAGCGCUUACGAAGUGCUGUCAAGUCAGAGAACAAAGAGUCGACGAAUGCUGAGGGAGAAUCAGAGCCAGAGGAAAGUGGUGACUCGGAUCUCAGCGAGUAUGAGCAGGAAGAACAUCAUGGGCUCAUUGCGAGCUUCGGGAACUUGCUCAACGCUGGCAUUGAGCGAUAUGCGCCGCAGGCAGUUCUGGGUUAUAUACCACACCACUCACGCGAGUCAUCAUAUAACAUACCAGGCGAAUUCAAAGACUCCGAUGAAGAUACGGCAAAGCACCACCAAACGAAGCGUCCAGUCGACGCUGAUGCCGACGAGACACAAUCGCAGACAUCUCUCAAAUCCGAAACGCCUACAGAACCAAAAACCCCCGCCGCUGGCGACGUCAACCUAGACAUCACAGCGGCGGAGCUCCUCCAAAAGACAGGUAAAAGCAAACUUUCCUCGCAUGAGCGCCAACUCGCCAAACUCGCGCAAGAGAAACGCAGCGUCGAAGCCCAGCUAGACCUCGUGCGCUCAGACAUCGAGUCUCUCGGCCUGAGAGCACCCGAUGACAAAGACAAGGAGGAGACCAAGAAGGAGACGGCCUUAGCCCGCGCAUCAGCCGACAGCGGACACCAGCACGAGCAACGCCCCGGAAGCCCAAGCAGCAGUACAAGGGCCAAAAGUCUAGGAUCCGACGACCGCACGUCAAGCAGCAGUAAUCUCCGCAGCCGCGGCGAGGCUCCUGCACCUGCAGCGGACAGCCCCAAAAUGCAAAAGGUAGCGUCGGGGCUCUUCCGCGAAGAAUCAAAGCUCGUCCAAAAACUGUCCAAGAUCGAACGGCAACAGCUCAAGGAGGCUGCGAAGAUCGAGGCCCGGCAUCGCAAGGACGCCGAGAAGCACGAGAAGGAAGCGGAGAAGGAAGCAGAAAAGCAAGACAAAGCUCGCUCGCGUGACGAAAACGAGUCUCUCCGGAGGGAACUCGAGCAGACGAAGAAGGAAUGUGAGAAGCUGCGGAGCGAGCGCAAGCAAUGGCUCGGUUUGAUCAAAUCACUGCAGGAGGAGAACAGCAAGCUUGCAGGCCAACUUGGGGUGGAGGGAGAGAAGUGA